GAAAAGAUGGCUGCUAAGGUUAGAAGGGCAUGGUGACGGACUCACGUGUAUUUGGUUACGGCGUAAUCUGACGGUUAUGUGAGUGGAAUCAUACGCUUGGCUACCUCGUCAUUGUCCAUGCUGGUCUCCUGCUUCACACAGUGGCGUAGAUUUGUGCAUGAUAGGUAUAUGAACGCUCAUACACAAAACAUUUUCUACGCAGCAGACGGGUUAGCAUAGAGCUUAGUGUAAUGGACUGAUCACGGGCACAAAGCCAUUGAUUUGGAUACAACUGACUUGUAUGUGACAGGUUCAAAGUACAGGCGGUAACGCUUCCGAUUUUAUUAUUGUGGUGAUUAAGCUAUUGAACACCUCCCUCCAAGGUGCCCACGGCGUACGGCGGAUCGAAUUCUAAUACACACGUUGGUAUGAAACAAGGAGAGCGGCCCAUUGCCAAGGUAGAUAUGGCGAGACGAGGAAGCGAGCCGUCCAUGGACGGACAGCAGACAAGCUACAUGCUGUUUAACAAGCAAAACUAUGGCCUGGAAAUACUCACCCGACUUAAUGCUUUCAGGGGCGAGGGUGCCUUUACUGAUGCCAUAUUAUGUGUGGGGCACGAAGAGUUUCCAUGUCACCGAAAUGUCUUGGCAGUUAGCAGUCCUUAUUUUCGGGCCAUGUUUACAAGUGAUUUGAAAGAAAGUAGGGAAGCAAGGAUUCCAUUCAAUGAUGUUUCACCAUGGACUUUGAAGAGGGUCAUUGACUAUGCUUACAGUGGUCGGUUGGAAAUAACAGUAGAAAAUGCGGAAGAGAUGUUGGCCGCUGGGGGACAUUUCCAGUACCCAGACAUAGUAGGAGCUUGUUGUGAGUUUUUACAAAAACAGUUACAUUAUUCUAACUGUUUAGGAAUAGAAGCUCUCGCUCUUCUCCAUGGAGACGACUGUAAACAGUUACAAGAACAGUCAUGCAAGUUUGCUCUUGAAAAUUUCAGUGCUGUUGCAGAAUGUGAUGAAUUUUUGGACCAACCUAUAGACAGAGUUAUCACCUAUGUUUCAAGUGAUUUGAUAGAUGUGAGAACAGAGGAAACUGUGCUAGAAGCUGCCUUGAGAUGGAUCAGAUAUGAUAUGGAUGAAAGACAAGUUCACCUGCCUCACCUGCUUGAACAUUUACGUUUGCCUGUGUUAGAUAUCUCUACAUUACAGUCAAUGGAAAAAGAUCCCCUCAUCAGGGGCAAUGAAAAGUGUUUGGAAAUGAUACACGAGGCCAAGGAACAACACGAAUCUAUCAUCGACCAACAUGGGCGCCGUAGACGCAGCAUGCAGAAUGCCCAGAUCCACCCAAGACCAUCAACUGUUGCCAAGGAGGUACUGGUUGUAGUUGGUGGAAUCAAUAGCUACAUUACCAGAAGUGUAGAGAUGUAUGACUUACAAAAAAACAAAUGGAUGCCGCUGCCUGAUUUUCCUAAAGCAAUGUCUUGGUUUAGCGUCGGGGCAGUGAACAACUCAAUUAUUGUUACAGGUGGGAUUCUGGAUGGUCACAUUGUGCCUCACGUGUGGAAGUUUGAUGUUGUCAAAAGAACAUGGCAUCAAAUGGAAUCCAUGCACAAACCUCGUGCCCACCAUGCAUCAGCUGUGCUUGACGACUGCCUGUAUGUCAUUGGAGGUAUAACUGAUGGCAACAAUGUCCCUGUUGAUAUUAUUGAAUGCUACGACCCUUACAAAAACUGCUGGACCAAAGUCGGAGAAGCAAACUUUCCAAGACGUGAAUCUCAGAUCGUGGCUCACAACAACACACUGGUUGAAGUUGGAGGAUUGCAAGGAGACGCCAAGGUGAAAACAAUGGACAGUUAUUUGUGUGCCAAGGGUCUUGUCAAACCUGCUGGGGAGCAGUUUGUUCUACCAGACAGUAUCCAGUUUUCCGAAAUUGUUUCUUUACAUGGAAUUUUCUACAUCAUUUGGGAGGACUCAAAGAAAGUGAUCGCCCUAAACCCUCUAAAACGGACAUUCCGGCGCCUGCCUGACAUGCAGCAUUGUCACCUGCACUGUUCUGCUGUUGUGUUAAAUGAGAAGAUCUAUGUGACGGGAGGACAGGUGGAUGGAAAGCCCAGUAACGUUGUCGAGUGCUAUGAUCCUGUCGCUAACAAGUGGACUAUAGAAAAAUCAAUGAUCGAGUGCCGUGCUUUUCAUGGAUGUGUAUGCCUACAGAUGUGCUAACAUUCACACCCGAGAGGAUAAUGUCAUAUCUUCUGACUAGGACGAACACGUGUGAAGAGUUUUCUGGGAUGAUGUUUGUUUACAUGUGAGGUGUGAUACCUUUGUGUGCUUGUGUGUAAUGGUGCUUUCAACCUUGUAAAAAAAAUAUUGUAUAAUUUUUUCAUUGGUUGUGAAUGAGGAGUUGAUUUGUUACAGUUAUCAGGGUACAGUUCACUACAGCUGCUGAAACUACCGUUAAUUACACCGAUUUCAAUCUAUGAUUAUGAUACAUGAAAAUGGAUAGAUGAAACUAAUGAUAGCAUGAUAGCUAAAAAUAAAUAAUGAUUUAACUGUGAUCCUGAUCAUAUAUGAUCUGCCAUAGGCAUUCACUGAUUGGAAGUUUCACUAUGAAUUUAUUGACUCAAAAGAAUCGCAAUAAUAUAUAAAUAUUUCAAGUAAUAAUGCAAUUACAUUUUAAAUUUGGUAUUAAUAUUUAUAACUUUCCAUUGAUACAACCUCAGCAUACCAAAUCAACGAUCUCAAGAUCCCUAGUCUGUUGUUUGGUUUUCUAUAAGCAAUAUGUUGAAAUAUUUUCUUGUACACAGCUGUCAAAACUUCAGAAGACUCUUUGUAUUUGUUCCCACUUAUUUCAAAGAGAUUGUUUCUCCUUCAUAUGUGUAUAAGCUCACUGCAGGGGAACACCCUUGUUAAGUCCCCAAGAUAAGCAUGAUAAGCACAAGUACAAUAUGUAAAGCCUUAAUUUGUUAUCUCUGUUUUGAAAACCUUACGUUUCAAAAGAGUUGACAUUAAACCCCUCUGAUCUGCUGAUCUGUUCAAGCUCUGAGUGGCCAUUACUGUUGAGUAGAAGUUGACAUAACCGGGUGUCUGGUUAUAAAUUGCUCAGUGUUAUUUAAUGUACAAGAAAGUUGGCACAACUGUGAAAGAGUACUUCAAUAUCUUGAAUAUAUAUAUGACAAGAGUGAAGACUAAAAUUUUCAAACUGUUAAAUUAUAAAAUAUACAUGAUUUCCUUCAAGAAUGCACUUAGAUGGUACAAUUAUGUAGAAAUAUAAACAUUCCUGUUUCUUAGUAGUAGCAUAUUAAAGUCAAGUUUCCUUUGUAAUCAAUUUAGAUAUCUAAGUACUGAUUCUAGGUACUGAUUACCAACUAUAAGAAUUUUAUUUUUCCAGUUUGAACAAACCAUGUUGUCUUGUACAAUAGUCUGUGUCCUAGACCAAAGAGAAUACAUUAAAACUAGUCUAGCUUAUUCUAAAAUGAUAGGGCAAGUCUUAAUUUCCUCAGCUCAAGGAGAAUUAAGAAAAUGCAAAUUCUGGGCCACCCUUGGAUUUUUAUACAUAUUUUUUUAGAUUUUCAAAUUUGAUAACUUGAUUUCUGGGACUCAAUGUCAUUCUGCUUGUAUACUAGUAAAAUGGUGUUGUAUAGGUAUAUAUACAUGGCCAAAAGUGUUGUAGAAAGACACUUGAAACAGCUUUAAUGUUAUUGUGAUGUAUUUUGAAGCAAGGCAAAUAAGUUAACUUUGCUCAUCAAAUGUUUGCAACAGCUGCUUCAAAGUUGUUGUUUGUGUGAGUUAUCACUAUCAAAAUUAUGAAAAUUAUCCUGAUUUGUGCUUGAUAUUUCAUAGUCUUGGCUAUAUGAUGAUUCUUAAAUGCUCUAGAGAAUACUAUCAAAAUAAGGAGAGAACUGGCCAUGGCGAGAGAUGCAGUAACAUUAAGGGAGACUGUAGUGUCGUCAACCGAUUUUGAUAUUGCUGUUGUUAGUUUUGUUGUAGCUUUAUUUAGCUUUCAACAUGUAAGGGACCAACCAUGUAUUUUUCUGAAGGGGAAGAAAAUACCUUUUUGGUCACUGAUUCCAAACUUGCAGAUGAGUUAAAUAAUUACACAGUACAUAUAACUGAUUUAUAUUUCAAGACAUUCACUGAUUCAGUCUGGAGCUAACAACAGGCACAAAAUUCCUUUUGCCUUAUGAGAUUGUGAACCUAAUUUUUAUAUGGAAUAGGUCCCAGGCCCCUCCCUGGAAUAGAAAAUAGUAUUUCCCAAAGUCUGUACAGGUGGGUAAGUAAUGUGCUUGAAUCUCUUUUUCAGAUCUACUGUAUGUACUGAGAGUCUCAUUGUAAUAUUUUGUUUUAAUUUUCUGUGUUUUGUAUUUUGUACAAAAAAUGUAGGAUUUCGUUAUGAAAUGUACAAAUCCAUGUUUUUGUUUCAUUCUCUUUCUUUAAAAUCAUUGGACAUGUUCAUUCUUGAAUUUACAUUAAAGGUUUGUGAGACCUUAUCUUUGCUAUAGUAGGGGUUUAUGUUUGCAAAAUACAAACUGGCCGCUGUUACAUUGAUCAGAUUUGAGAAAGAUAAAGUUACUUCUAGGUGAGCUUCUGAAUUUUAGUUUAACAUUGAUCAUGUUGACAUAGAUAGGCAUUGAUUCUCAACAGUUUAUGUUGUAGAAAUGUUUAAGUAGGGUGAAUAGUGUCGGAGAUACAUUACCUGUUAUCAGAAAAUAUGAAAUAUGCUGUUAUGGUUAUUACCCAUAAAUGAAAAAGUCAUAUACGGGUCAGUCCUUUUUGGUGUUUCAUAAAGGACGGGAUCCAAAUACCUUGAUCUUAGCUUUGUUAAUCAGCAAAUAAUAGAUCAAAUUAUAUUAACUGUUAAACUUAAUGACACUGGGUCAUUUGUCGUAUCUGUUGUGUAUUUAACAUAUGAUAUAUUUGGGAUUACACUUUCAUAGUAAAGUACCGAUUCUAGUACUUUUGUUGGGUUGAGUCCAUCCAGGAUUCGAGCCCAAACCCUCAGAUUAAGGCACCUAAUCGCCAGCAUACAAAGUCAUGUUUUUUCUUCAAUAUUCAAUAUGACAAUGGAAAGUUCAAGAGUUGGUUUUGAAUUUCAAGUUCUUAUGACGUUAUUGUUCAAAGUAGUUGUUGUUGCUGUUGCUGUUAUUAAGAUGGAAAUAGUACAUGUAUUUGGAAAUGUACAGUUUGUUCUUUUACCUCUGUUACCAUGGUUUCUCCUGGUACAUCCGUCCCUGUAUAUAGGUCGAACUGUAUUGUGGAAAUGAAGCGCUAUUUCUAACCAAAGUGGAGACUUCAGACCUGUAUCAUUUGUGCAGUAAGUCCUGUUUCCAUGGUUACAAAGCAUGCUGAUAGGUGUGUCAUGGACAAAUUCAAUUUAUUUUGACACAGAUGCAGAGAUAGUUCUUCCCUCAAAAUAUUAGUUGCCUUCGCUGAGAUUUAAUCAAAUAUAGAUGGGUGACAUUUGAUUGCUGAAAUAAUAGCCAGGUAGAAUGUGUUUUCAUUGGUUGAAAAUAAUACAUGACACUCUCUAAACUAAGGAGGAGGGAAAGAUUUACUAGAAACUGGCUUGCACAGUUUGAAGUUGCACUAGUCAAAAGUUUGAGUUAGGUCAAAUUUUGCUUAGUUUAGUAAACUUAGCUUCAGAAUUAUGUGUUUCAGGGCUGUCCCUAAACUGGAUCUAUGAACAUUUGAUAUUUUCUUCUCAUUCUCUUUAGAAGCACCUCAUGUGAGUUUAGUUUUACGCCUGCACUCAGCAAUAUUCCAGCUAUAUGGAGGCGGUCUGUAAAUAAUCGAGUCUGGACCAGACAAUCCAGUGAUCAAUAGAAACACAUGAGCUCCCAGUUAACAGUAUUGUCCAUCUUAUGCCACUAGUAUAUUUUGUUGGGCUUAGCUGUAGAUACUGGCUUGGUCUUCAUUUGAAAUAUGACUCUUAUAAAUGUACUGUAAAUGAUUAUUUUUAGAAAAAUAGAAGUAUAAAUCAGUAAAACAAUCCAAACUCCUUACCCAAAUUUCAGAUGGGCUGAAAUGGGGACUAACAUUAUUUUUUGUUUUGAAAAGAAAUUACAUCUUAAAAUUAUUCUGCCCAUCAAUAUUACAGGCUUAACAAAAUCUAAUUACUAAGGUUUUAAUUAUCGCAUGAAUUUAAAACUCUGCUAAACAAAUGGAUAGCAUUGUAAUGACAAACUACACUUUGGGGUGAAUGUAAAAGUUGGAUUGAAUGAAUAGUUUCAGUUGAUCUGGUGCUUUCAACAUGUGUCAACAUGUUUAAGUAGUAAAGGUUUGUGCAUCUCUAUAUUUUGUCAAGUUUGAUCAGACAAAUGCUGAGCUUUGUAAAAGGUUUGAGCUGAAUGAAACUUAUUAGGAAUAAGAGUGACAAUUAUUGUCUUUGUUCCCAAUGAAUAGCUGAUUUGGAUGGUAGGAGACAAUUGUGCCACUUCAUAUCUGAAGUUGACUAUGUCUAGCACUGUCAGCAAUUACAUGUAUGCCUGUUUGGGUCAAAGAGCAAAAAAAGUAAAUAAGAAAUACAGGAGAUUUUAGAUAUAUGGGAUACAUUUAAAAAAAAAAAAAUUGUAAUCAGUUGAACCUACUCAUUGUUCAAACAACCUUCAAAUCUACAUGUGUAUCAAAACCUGAAAAAUCAAAUGAAACCUCUUAAUGCCAGGAUAUGCAUAUAUUCUUCAUAAAAGAAGUAAAAAAAAAUCUGAUUUUUUUCAUUUGACCAAGUGGGAUUGUGGGUUAGCCAAGUGGUUAAAGCGUUCGCUCGUCAUGCCGAAGAGCUAGGUUCGAUUCCCCACAUGGGUACAAUGUAUGAAGCACAUAUCUGGUGUCCCCUGCCGUGAUAUUGCUAAAAGUGGCGUAAAACUAAACUCACUCACUCUGUGACCAAGUGAUAAAUCAUGGCCAGUGUGUAUACAGUAUAGACUGCCAAUUAAUGUGGGUGUUCUUUAACAUAUUUUGAGUAGUAUACAUAUUGUGACAUUGUAUGGAGUUUCUAAACAUGAUACUAAAUUGAUACCUUUUAGUGGCAACCCUACAUCCUGAAGAGAAAACUAUACCACUAAACACUAUAAACUUAAGGGGUGAAACAGGUGCUGUUAUAAGUGUCUUAACAACCAGUUUCACAGCACAGGUGGGUUAAUUCCUUUAACAAUCAUGCUGCUAUUUCAAAACAGAAAAAUUAAGAUACUUUAUUUAUGACAUCUGACAUUUGAGAAAUGCCAGUAAUGAAUUGGGUUUUUUAAAUACUAUUUUGAUAUAUCAUAUUUCUUUUGAAGAGUAUAUUGAUUGCAGUUUCAACUCAUAAUUUACCUGACUUUGAUUCAAGAGUGGACAUUUGACAGAUGCAAGUUUCCUAGGUUACAUAGCGAUGCUUAAACUUUGCAAUCAUCUGUCAAGAUUGGUUUGGUAUGUAUUGUAUCUUUCGUGUAGUGUGUAUGUAAAAAGCAUUAUAUUUUCUUAAAUAACAUAUAUGCAGUACUAUCCAUGGUUUUAGCUAUUUAUCCUUUCAUGACAAAAUGCAAAUUUAAUUAAUUCUAAAUUUGAUCUAGUCAGUAGUUUAAGUUUCAGAAGUGGAGAUGAAAUAUGAAAAUGAUCAAAUUCUUUUGACUUUGUGUGUAGUUUCCUAUAAAUGGCUGCUGCUUCUAAUUUAUUCAAAGAAUUAGAUGCUUCGUGUCCCAAGGAUUACCUGUUGCAGCUUUAAUAGUGAGUGAGGUGUUAAUGAUCCUGGAGUAUCUUUGUACCACUGACGUGUUGUACAAUGGCAAGAUAUACUAGUUAUUUUUCAAUGGAUUUUGUAAUAAUGUACAUUGCUUGGGUUGUAAAAUCUUCAAGAUAUUAUGAAAUUAAAAAAAUGGAAGUACUUA